AUGAGGAAGAACGAUUCACUAAACCAGAAGGUUGAGAGUGAAAGUGUAGAAAGAGUUUCGGCGAGUUCGUCGAUAUCCGUAGAAGAAUGGCAGAAAUCAGAGAUGGAGAUAAUCAAGCUGGUACAAUCCAAGGCAUUUCCUACGGAGAUCAAGAAAAUAAAGAGCAUUCAAGCUGAUACAUCGUUAAGCAAUCGUCAUUCCGAUAAGAAAAAGAAAGCCGUUUUGAAGAAAACGAGCUCGCUUCAGACGCUAGAUCCAUUCAUAGAUUCCGACGGUAUUCUGAGAGUUGGAGGAAGAAUACGUAGAUCAAACUUCACGGAAAAUUUAAAAACACCUAUUAUCUUACCGAAGUCUGAACACUUUACGAAGUUGAUUGUUAGCUAUGUUCAUGAGAAAACACAACACAGUGGUAGAGGUAUAACCAUGAACGAACUACGAUCUCACGGUUAUUGGGUAAUCAAUGGCAAUACAGUAGUUCGACGACUAAUCUCAGAGUGUGUAACUUGUCGACGCCUUAGAGGAACUGCAGGUGAACAGAAGAUGGCUGACCUGCCACAGUCGAGACUCGAAGACGUGCCACCAUUCACCUAUAGUGCAGUCGAUUAUUUUGGUCCCUGGUACGUGAAAGAAGGCAGAAAAGAAGUCAAGCGGUACGGAGCAUUGUUCACGUGUAUGUGUAGUCGUGCUAUACAUAUUGAGAUUGCGCACUCAAUAAAAACGGACUCGUUCCUACAAGCGCUACGUAGAUUCAUUUGUCGCAGAGGUAACAUUAGAGAACUUCGUAGUGAUCAAGGAACUAAUUUUAUAGGCGCGGAAAACGAAUUGAAGAAAGCUGUUGAAGAGAUGGAUGAUGACAAGAUUAAAAUCGGACUGCUGAAGAAUAGUAUUGAUUGGAUAAAAAAUCCAGCGAAAGCGAGUAACUUCGGAGGAGUCUGGGAGCGACAAAUUCGAUCUGUCCGUAACGUCAUGAACGCUCUCAUCAGGCAGCAUGGUCAGAAACUAGAUGAUGAGUCUUUACGUACAUUCAUCUGUGAAUCAGAAGCAAUCGUUAAUGGUCGCCCUUAA